AUGGGCGAAGUUUUUUAUUCGAUAUAUGAACAGGAACAGGAGCAGGCAGCUACAGAAACAACAACUAAGGUCACUAGCAUCGGGAAGCUCAAGGCUCCUGGAUCCUUGGCAGAGAAGUCGAAUGCUUACUCACAUCUCCAAUCACAGCAGAAUUCGAAACCACACUUGUCACAUUCCUCGCUCAUGCCCUCCUCUACGCCUCGUGUUCCUGGUUCCACGCCUCGAACUCUAAUGAACAGUGUCCAGGAGCCUAGUCAGCUAACAGCUCAGAAAGAUUCCGCUUAUGCCUCCAGCGUUUACGUGAUGCCGUCUGCAAUUCAAAAGCCAGAGAAUAAAUCUAUCGUAGCUGACGAUCUAUUUGCCCGAGUUGUCGAGAUAUGGGCUGUUCACUUGUCUAAAAUUAUCUUCGACAUGACACACAAGACUGCUGUGCCAGAGGGUCUUGGCGCUGUGGUCGCUGAAAUCACGCAGGAGGUCAAAGAAUCGCUGGGUAGCUUCUUGUCUCUGCAUUUGGUUAGGCAUGUACACCUCUUUAGUCUAAUCUUAGAUCACAUAAGUAGCGAAAUUGGAUUUUUAAACAAAGGAGCAUCGCAUCACAUCGCCAGGUUUCAGAGAGUCUAG